UCCUCACACAGCCUCAUCGCCCCCUUCCCCGUUCUCUCUGUCCCUCAGCCCGAUACCCUUCCUCACCGCCGGCCGAUUUCGGUCGUUGCCACUCCUCCCCGCCGAUAGCACCAACCUCCACGAGCUCCCCUCGCUCCACCUUCUCCUGUACAGCGAGGAAGCCCCUCCUCUCCGGCGGAUCCUGUGGUUCGAGGCGACGGCUGGCUUGGCCCGCGUGACGGACCCAGGCCGUGGGUGUGCCACCUCGGUCCCCGGUGGCACGAGCAAGGGCAAGGCACCACCGAGCUCCACCUCGGCACUCCACUCCCGAGACCUCUCCUACCCCACUGCACUUCCCGGCGGUCGUCUCCUCCACCUGCAAGUCAGCUAGUGUCUUUGUCCCUCCACAUACACACACAAGUUGAACAUAUCAAACAUAUUUGAUUCCCUUCAUGUUUUUAUUCAUCUUUUGGUGCUUGUCUCGUUGUAAUCAACGACUAGUACAAGUGCCUAUACUAAUUGCAAUUACUUAGUAAAUUAGACCAGAGAAAACAUAUGUAAUGAGCUAUGGAAAACACUAUACUGGCGGGCUCAGUUGGGAGAAGGCCUCUAAUGCAAUGCAAUGCAAGCAUCUUUUCUCACAAAUAAAUGUUGUUGCUAGCAGUGCAUUUAUCUAUCUUUAGAAUGUUUGCUUAAUGGACACCUUUGAAAUAGUUCAAAAGGCUUUCGGUAUUGAACUGUUGAUCAGUUCUGUAUUUCAGCACCUGCAAAGCAUUUUAGUCAUCUAACAAACUGAACUAGCUACCUUGUACACUACAUCAGCUUAAUUAGAAACCUUGUACAUAAGUAGACAAUUGUUCCUCCGUAUAUGGGCAUGAGCGAUAAGGAAAAGCUACGCAUGUAUAUGUAAGCUCAUGAAGGAUGCGUGUCUCGCUACUUUGGGUAUGUCUCAUUCCAUCGAGCUAUGAUGAGAUAUGCGUGUUUUUUCUUUUGCAAUUUGAGGACACUCACAAUGAUGAUGCAUGCAUGUGUAUGACUUAUGAUUAUCUUUCUGAAUUAACUCCAAUUCGGUAGCAAAAUGAAGCAUUGAUGAUCAUAUGCAAAGUUACGACAUACCCGUAUAUGUAAACGGUUGAUCUCUGUUUAUAUAGGUAAUUUCAGAAUUUUUUUUUUGCCUCUGUUUACUCUUUCAACUAGUUUACCACAUGUCCACACCACAAACACUUGAGUGCCAUGGGUCAGGACGUAGUUUGUUGUGCUUAUUCCUCCUACAUGUGUCGUCUCAGAAAAUGUAGCAAAUACUAGAUUAGAACUGUAUGCCUUCUUAUUAUAGAAGUAGCAAACUCAGCUGCUUGUUAGCUUUGCUAAUCUAAGCCCUACUGUUAAUGCUCAUAUAUCUUUCUUGGCUGUAUAUGGAUACUUCAACCCACCAGUUCCUCAGAGCGAUUGGGCCGCACAACUCCAACGCCGUUUGUAAGGCCUGCUUGAAAUGAUGAUGAAAAACAAGCGCAGGAUGGGAGUCCAUGAGAAACAACGUCCUUGCAAGAAAGUAAUUAGGCCAACUUUAGAUGGUACCUCCUCAGCGAGAUCGGACAGCUCGAGGGAACCCAGUCCAGGCGCGUUGAGUCAACUCAGUGAGCAAGUAGUUUCAAGAUUGUGUAGGAGUGUUGUGUCGCUCGCCUCAUUCCAUGGUGAUACCAAGUUAGGGGAAUGCACAGGCAUAUGCAUCGAAACCUCAUGUCCUGAUGCUACAAGUUUCCUCACAUCGAGACUUUUGAUUCCACUUACUUGGCCUACAAGGAAGAUCACUGAAAAUUUGACGAUUGAAGUGCACCUUCCGAAUGGUCGGACUGUCACUGGCUGGAUAGAGCAUCCUGGGAGAUAUGUUGAUUUUUUCAUCGUCAAUGUCAAGGACUUGUCUGUAUUUGAUGCCGCGCCUGUAAGUCUUGAUUGUGACAUGCAGUUUGAACCUUAUAGGAAGGUAGCAGCUGUAUGGCGCAAUUUCAGUUCAGGAGUUUUAAGGGCCAGAAGCGGAGUAGAUCUUGCCUCUCUAAGCGCUCUAACCUGUGAGACAAUGUUGAGCACAUGCCAGAUUAACAAGGCUGGGAUUGGAGGCCCCCUUGUUGAUUUUGAUGGUAAUUUUGUUGGGAUGAACUGCUCUCGUACCAGAAUGAAAAAGACCCCCUACGUGUGAAGGGAGCACAUUCUUCAAUUCUUGGGGUCUCACAGGAUGGUCAGGUAUGUACACUUUCAGGGGCUGUUUGGAUUGAACCCAAACCAGCCCUGCCAAAACGAUGGCCUGCCAAAUUUUUGGCGAAGGAAAUCGCCGCCGAGAACUCGCCCAUGUACUAGUACAGAAUCACAACGGCUGGCCAAAAAAUUGGCAGCCAUCGGGAGAUUCGGCUGCAAUCCAAACGGCUGCCCAUCUUGUGGUCAACGACCAAAAUUUUGGAAAGGCAGCCUUUGGCAGCCAUCCAAACAGGCUCUCAGUAUUCAUGAACCACCCUUCUCUGUUUGGCCUGCCCAUGCGUCUCUCUUACUGCAUCCUGUACUACUUCUCCCUCCUUUUUUUAUUUGAGUUUGUGUGUAAGGCAUAUCAUUCUGAAAGCCAAACAGCAGCUUCUGAUGUCGAUGAGUUUAUUCCCAAAAACGGUCCCACUAGUUUUUUUAUACUUGUGUGCUUUUUCUUAAUAAUUUAAGUCUGUACUGUACUAAAUUAAGAUUGUUAUUUUAAUGCUGGCACUAAUAUAUAUUUCUGCUACACUCGAACUUACAUUUAAGAAGACCCGUGGGGAAAUUGUUUAAGAUUUUCAUAAAUUUCUCUGCUGUGAAAUUUCUGUAACUGUUUUGCUCCCUUGUUCUGUAUUUCACUUGUUUGAUAGCUCAUUUUGUGUAUGGUCUUUGGUAUCCUGUCUUUGUGGAUUUAUCACGGUGGGCUUUCUACAUUGUGCUGCAGUGUUAGAGCUAAGGAAGGGAUUGAUGAUGCUGAAGAAGCGGGAAUUGAAAGUGAGAUGAAACAACUAUUGUGCAGCAUUCCAGGAGGCAAGCGUAAGAUUCAUUUUCUUGAAGCAAAUUUCGUCAACGAUAUCUGGAGUAAACUACCCAAAGGCGUUGCUUCAAAAAUGUCUCGAAGUGUUGUCUCACUUGCUUCAUUCAAUGGAGUUGCAAAAUUCUUUGCUUGCACUGGUAUAUUUAUAAAGUGCAAUGCAUGCUCUGCAACAAUUCUGACUUCAGCAAGUUUGGUUAGAGUUUCUGGUGAUGCAAACAGGAUUGAUGAUAACCUGAGGAUUGAAGUUUGCCUUCCAAACCAAUUUCGAGUCGUAGGGAUACUGAACCGUUAUAAUUUACAUUACAACGUUGCUCUUGUUGACAUCAUGGGGUACUGGGGUCCUCGUGAAAUAAAAAUUAGCAGGCAUCUAGUUACCUCAUGUAAAAGGGUAAUAGCUGUGGGGCGUCUUUUUACUUAUCACAGUAUAAUGGCUGCAAAGGGCAAGUUGUUGAUUGGCAAACGAAGCAAGCUCGAUUGCAAAGAACUAUGCGUCUCCACGUGUAAAAUCACCAAGGCUGGGAUUGGGGGCCCACUUAUUGACACUGGUGGGAAUUUUCUUGGUAUGAACUUUUACCAUGAGGAAGAAACUCCGUUCCUGCCGAGGGAUGUUAUUCACCGCCUCUUGUUGAACUUAAAUAAAGGAUGGACUAGGACUAGGGCAGGUGAUACUAUUGUUGAGGGUGACGAAAAGAGAUGGCUGUUGGCUGGUACAUGUUGGUCCCAUGGAAAUGCUGAUACUAUUGCCGAGGGUGGUGUCAACAAGUGGCCGUUACCCGAGCCAUGUGUGCUCCCUGCUGAUAUACCUGAACCUACUACAUUGGAUUUCUACAAGCUGGUUAGGAGGCACUGUGCUUUUUAGUCCUGCUACUGCUCGUGGUAAUCGAUAAUGUGUUCAUGUUGGUUGGCUGCCUGACGUCCGCUCCAGUCUUUGUGUUGCUUGAGUUGUCCCAUCUUUGUGUUGCACGAUGAAUGUAAAUGAGUCAUGUCUAAACAGUGAAGUACUACCUCCGUCCCAUAAUGUGAGACACUUUUGUAAGCUAUGUUCUUGUGACAUGGAAGAAAGUUGACACUAUCUACAAACCAUAUGGAUGAAUGAUAGCAGAGACCUGAAUA